CUUCGUUUUGCGAGGGUUAACUUAAUCGAGAGAACAAGUCCGGAAACAAUUCAGUUUUUGAGUUCAUUUCUGUCUGCACAAAACAUCGAGUGAAAUCUCUUCUAAAAUGCGCUUCAACUUGUUGUGUUUUUUGGGCAUCUUUCUGACCAUCGGUGUAUUUUGGGGUAACGUGGAAUCUCGAAAAUUAGGCACUAAAAAGAGUUUCACUGGGCGUAAAUUCAAUACACUAUACAAGCCUGUUACCAUCAACGCCGAUCCUAAAAAUACGGAAAAAUGUCCUGGAUCGAGUCUAUUACGAUUGAAAACAGUCUCUAGUGCACGGACUAUUCUAAAAAAUACCGGAGAGUCAGUGCAAACCAACGACCAAAGAAAAAAUUUUGCAACCGUUACUGGUGGUCCCCUCAAAGGUAUUUACAAUUAUCUGAGUUUCACGUAUUAUUGGGCUAGUAACACUACGACUGGAGUAACAGGAACCACGAUUAAUAAACAAGGUUUCCCCUACGGAGUCAGGGUAUUCUACAUAAAUCGGAAAUAUAAAACUUUCAAAAAAGCUUUGCUGAAGGAAGAUGGCUUCGCUGAUCUCGUAUAUCUCUACAACAUUUGCUCAGAAACGAAUAAGGCAUUCGGCAAAGUGAGCCAAGCAUUUCAAAAAAUACCAAAAGCUGGGAUGACGACACCUGUACCGCUCGGUGUACACGCUGAAGCUGUGAACUUGGUGGACUCUAAAAUACAAUAUUACACAUACACAGGGAAUUUUGAAAAUACCAGGACGGGCAAGAAAUACCCAAGUUCGACAGUUGUGCUUUUUAAACCCGAUUCCAAAUUUUGUAUUACUCAACACCAGUUUAAUCAAACAUUCAGCCAUUUGACUGAUAAAAAGGGAAGACCAUUGGCUAAUAUAUUGACUCAUGAUUCGACUGAGGUGAAAACUGCAGUAUGUACUGGUGCCACUUCAAAAAUAAUUGGAUAAUUAAAUAUCAGCUUUUACGAAUUUAGCAGUAAUUAAAUUGUGAAUAUUAUUUCUAUUUAUGAAAUAUAAUUUCUUCAAAAACCCUA